AUGGGAUGUUUAGAAUUUUGGGUUGUAAAUAGUUUCUUAGCAGCACUUACAUUCGUAUGAUUAUAUAGUAGAAGUCUAGUUUGUACUAUUCUUGGUAAUUGAUACUUAAUACCCAUUAUAUCCAUAUGCUGUAGCAGGAGGUUAAUUAAGAGAUAAUUCUAAGAGUGCCACAGCUUGUAUUGUUGCUGCAGCUGUAAUAUAUUAAUUAUACUUAAGCUGUAUAUAUUCAUAGGAUUAGGACUUUUAUUAUGGUAGAAAAGUAGAGAACAUAGAAUUGAAAAAGAAAGAUAAUAUACAUCAUAGAGUAAAUAGUCAAGAACUAAUUUUGAUGAAAAAAUUCAAUCAUAACCUUCGUUUAAAGUCAAAGGACCAUAAUUAGAAUUAUGAUCUAAAUAUUAAUUUUAAUAACAAUGCC